AGCUGUUGGCGGUGGAUAGGGCUGCGCUGUACACAGCGGCACUUGGUGUGUGGGAUCACGGCGGUGUUAAGAUCGCAGCAGUUUUGCAGCGAUGUUUGCACCCCACUUCACGUAGGACGCAGGACACACAACUGGCUGCAUAUGUUUUUCUUCUUCUCGGGUGUACCUUGUUUCCGGAUAAGAGCGGAAACAAGCUCAGGCCACGCGACAUAGUUGACGCGUGUGAGCCCGACAGAGUAGGCCAGUUUUCUUGGGGGUCGGCUACAUUAGCGUACAUGUAUCGCCAGUUAGGAUUCUCGAGCCGGGCUGAUGCGGCAGGUAUCACUGGAUGUAUGACGUUGUUACAGACGUGGAUAUACGAGUAUUUCCCGGCGUUUCGACCACACCGCGACCCGGUUCCUAUUGGGGAUGGCCAGCCACGUGCCUGUGCGUGGAGUCCGCGUGUCGAGAAGAAGUCCAUUGACCGCCUGCGAUCGAUACGGUUAUUGCUUGACAGGAUGUCCCCAUUAGAGGUGAACUGGAUGCCUUUCGGCCAGAACCCUAGUAAUAGGGUACCCAGGACCCUCUACACGGGACUGAUUCAGUAUCGUGAGAUCGUAGAGGCGUACAUGCCGCAGCGCUGUCUUCGCUAGCUUGGAUAUGUCCAAGUUGUUCCUCCUCCACCAGCAUGGCU